GGCCGCGUUCUGUCCGCCAUGUUAGGAUUGUCGGGCCGCCUGACAGGGCUUCGCUUGCCUCCGCAGGAGCGCGGCAUGGAGCCGCAGGUGAACCUUCGCGUCACCUGCCGUGGGGAGACCCAGAGUUUCCUGGUGUCAGACUCGGCGCACACGACGUGGGCGGAUGUGGAGGCCAUGGUUAAAGUUUCAUUUGACCUGGACAACAUUCAGAUCAAAUACAUUGAUGAGGAUAAUGAUGAGGUCUCUGUGAAUAGCAAAGAGGAAUAUGAAGAAGCUCUGAAGAUUGCAGUUAAACAACGAAAUCAACUUCAGAUGAAUGUGUAUGAAGAAAACUCUUCUCUGAAAGAAACUUCAUAUUCUUGUUCUUUGCAACUACAUGAAAAAACUGUGACAGAAAAGUUGGCACCUCUUAAAGAUGAGAAGAAAGUUCUUUUGCAGUAUUCCAUGCCAGCUCGGGGGUUAGAGGAAGUCUUAAAAAAUGAAAAGGAGCUGACAAUUCAGCAAAAGUUAAAUCACACUAGAACAGGAAGAGCAAAUGAAAAUCCUCCAGGAUGGUUUACUAGCUACUUGGAAACAUUCAGGGAACAAGUAGUUAAGGAAACUGUUGAGAAACUGGAACAGAAGCUGUAUGAGAAGCUUGUUCAUCACAACCAGCCUCCAGAUUUUUCUGAGAGCUUUAUUACAGCAGCACCUCCAACUUCAGAGAGCCAAUCAGGGAAUGGCAACCAGUGUGACUGGCUGAUCUCCUGCUGCAACUGCCAGGCCCGAAUUGUUGGAGUUCGCUACCAGUGCAGCCUUUGUCCAGCCUACAAUAUCUGUGAACAGUGUGAAGCAGGAACAUAUGCACAUGAUCCUAAUCAUGUCUUGCUAAAGCUGCGAAGACCAGUACUAUGUAUUGCUGAGAAUUACAGCCUUGCAGAGUUUUCACCUUGCCUGCCUGCUACUCUGGAGCAAGUUAGGCUCCAGAAACAGAUGGACAAAAGAUUUCUGAAGGCAGAAAAGCAAAGAUUACGAGCAGAGAAGAAACAGCGAAAGGCAGAGGUCCGAGAGCUCAAAAAGCAGCUAAAAUUGCACAGGAAAAUUCAUCUAUGGAACUCUGUCCAUGUAUUGGAAACUAGUGGCUCACCUACUCUGAAAUCUGAGAGUCUCCAACCUAAUACCUUCCUGAGUCCUAGUCAACCCUUCCAAGCAAUUGUCCCAACACUAAGUGCAGUAUUUGUGGAUGAGAAUUUGCCAGAUGGGACUCACUUGCAACCAGGAACAAAGUUUAUCAAACACUGGCGAAUGAAAAAUACUGGCAAUGUGGAAUGGAGCUCAGACACAAAGCUGAAACUUAUGUGGGGAAAUCUGACCUUGGCAUCUUCUGAAAAAAAAGAUGUGCUAGUGCCAUCCCUUCCAUCAGGACAAGUAGGAACUGUUUCGGUUGAGUUUGUAGCUCCUAAUAUAGAAGGAACUUACACCUCUCACUGGAGGCUGUCACACAGAGGGGAACAGUUUGGACCCAGGAUCUGGUGCAGUAUUGUUGUGGAUCCCUCCCCAGCUACUGACUAUUUAGAAAGCAAUUGGAAGGAUUCUGACUCCUGUCAGAAGGAUAAAGCUUCCAGCACCAAACAGGAUGCUUCCUUAAAGACAGAAGCAGGUGCUCAACUGAUGGGUGAAAUCAUGGAGCAGGCCGAAAUACCUCUGCCAACUAUUCCGUUAAAGAUCAAAAAUUUGCCAAGUGAGAGAGAAUUUUAUAUCCCAUCUGUUGAUCUCCUCACUGCACAGGAUUUACUGUCGUUUGAGCUGUUGGACAUAAAUAUUGUGCAGGAAUUGGAGCGAGUGCCACACAAUACUCCUGUUGACAUGACUCCAUGCAUGUCCCCUUUGCCACAUGAUAGCCCCUUGCUGGAGAAACCUGGCUUAGGUCAGAUAGAGGAGGAGAAUGAGGGGAGUGGAUUUAAACCAGUGCCUGGAAUGGCGGAAGCCUGCUUUCCUGCAGAUACUUGUAUAGUGAAAGUGAAAGCUGAACAUCCAUUGAACCAGGAGGAAGGGGAAGAAGAUAUGAGUGGGACUCAGUUUGUCUGUGAAACUGUAAUUCGCUCUCUAACCCUGGAUGCUGCACCUGACCAUAAGCCCCCACAAAAAAAGAAAAUCCUCCAGAAUUCUUUACAAACAUCACAAGACACCUUCAGUUGCAAUGUGAUAAAUGAAGAAUCUCCUAGGAUAAAAACUAAUUCCACUUCUAAAAAGGAAGCAAAGAUUCAUCAGUCAGAGGCAAUGACAGAAAAUGACUGUGGGGACCUUCCACUGUCUGAUGAGAGAGCAAGCCCCUGUAGUGAUACCGGCAAUUCUGAUGAAGAAGAUGAUGUUCAAAGUCAAGGCUCCUCUGCUUCAUCAGAGGAUUAUAUCAUUAUUCUCCCCGAGUGCUUUGACACCAGUCGUCCUUUAGGGGAGUCUAUGUAUAGUUCUGCUCUUUCUCAGCCCAGUUUGGAAAAGACAGGAGAACCUGAAACAGGAGCAGAGAGUCCAGAAGGGGGCAGCCAGCCACAGAUCCACAGUGUCAGUGAUAUUUUGACAACUUCACAAACGCUGGCUGUAGUACCACUAACCCCAGAGAUUGCGGACACCUUACCCCAGACACAAAGGAAUCUUGCAUCUCUUCAGAAUCAUAUCUUCCAAGAACCAAACAUAUCUGCUUCAGAGAAUCUCUCUUCCACUUCUCAUAAUCAAAUAAGAGAAGAACCCAGUGGUGAAGACAGUCAUGGACCAGGAUCUUCUGGAUUUCUAACUAGUAAACAGAAGUGCUCAGAAUACCCAAGAUACCCUCAAGGAGGCAGUAUUGCAGGAGAACUAGUUAAAGGAGCUUUGUCAGUUGCUGCUUCUGCCUACAAAGCAUUAUUUGCUGGACCACUCACUAUAGAACAGCAGCCUGCAGCUACAGAAGAGCACACUGCCACUCUUCUAUCCAGUCUGUGUGAGAUGGGAUUCUGUGACAGGCAGUUAAACCUGCGGCUGCUGAAGAAACACAACAAUAAUAUGGUUCAAGUGGUAACUGAAUUGCUUCAGAUCAGUAACAGUGACUGGUACAGCAGUAGAUGCUGAACCUUCAUGGUGGAGGGAGGAAUCGUUUUCAUUGCAUAAACUGUCAUUAAACACUGCAACAGUAGCAGGUGACUCCUCACCUGCUUUCUCUUUGGAGGUGUGACUAAAACUUUGGCUUUCUUCUGAGCUUUCGACUUUUUUUGUCAUGGAAAUGUCAAACAGUGCUUGUCACAGCAUCUUAUGAAUUGGAGACCAGAAUUUCAACUGUUACUUGGACCUCAUAGUUAAAUGAGUAAUCUUAAAGUCUCUAAUUUCAUACUGAAUCCUUUUAUCAGGGAAUCCUGUAGCAUUACUUUAACCUUCCACCCAGAUGAGAACUUCCCCUUUUAUUGUGUGUAAGAUUUUUCUUUUUUAGGCAGCUGGAAACUUGUUUUGUUGACUUUUAACAAGCUUUGGAAUAGGAACCAAUGUAAAAUGCUGCUGUAAAAUGUAGUCUUGCCUAAUUUACAAGAGAUGCCCACACCUAGCAAGUUGUUUCUUCUGAUAUGAUUUAGUGAUUGAUUUGUCCAGUGCAUGAUAGUAAUGUAACAGACUUUAAACCUUACAAAUGAUUCUUAGAAGAAAAAGAUUACUCAUACACAAAAGCCAUCUUGAACCAGCAAACAACUUUUGAAAAGUUUGAAGGUGUAACCACUGUUAAACUGAAUACCAGGAAAGUCAUUGCUUCUUGUAGCAGAAUGAAGCAGGAGAGUGAAUUUACCAGCAGCAGUUGAACCAUCUCUAGUAAUGACAGCAUAAAACAUAUCCCUAACAGCCUACAUAAAAUACUUUGUUAAAAAUGGAGUGUAAGGGUGGGAAAGGUCUUUCUAAGAAUCUUUAUAGGCUCUUUGUAAAAGUGAUAAAAAAUUGACCACUAUCUCUUUUCAGUACAGUGCAAACUUCUUAUUCUGUUAAUACCACAUAGAAGAAUUGAAGAAUGUGUAGAAACCUAGGCCUGAAUUGGAGUACAAAUUCUGGUAGAGUUUAGGAACGGGAAGAGUGCUUGAGGUAGGGAUUGUGUGACUUACAUUAUAGUUUGAAAAAUGCAUUAACUUAAGCAGUUUUAAGUGUACAGUCUCCUGUGAUGGUUCUGGCUGCUCCCAUGUUUCCAUAGACACAUCUGUAGGAUUCACUUUUCUCACAAGAUUUUGCUUUAGAUGCCCAUAUUUAAUUUGGAACUCUAAGAAUUCCCUUCUAAAUGUGCUGAGAGAGAUUUGAUUCUGAAGAAUCACGAGAAACGAGCAACAUACACUGCUGUGCAGUGGUGUAUCCAUAGGUAACUUUUCAGAGUCCAGUCCUCUGAAGGUGACAGCAGUGUUGGCUAUAUUCUUACUUUUAAGCAAACUUUUUUCCUUGCUGCAGUAAGAGACCAUCGAUCCUAAAAUAUUUUAUUACUGCUGCUUCGAACUAAGGUGUUCCUGUUUUGUCACAACAUAGCUGAAGCAGUACCAGUAUUGUGACUGACCAGGUGAUCAGUAGUAGUAACUUUUUUAAAAGACGUAAUACCCUUACGGAUAAGAUACCAUUAAAAUAAUUGAAGAAAAAAAAAUGUAUCAUACCAUUUUUGUUUUAAACCUAUUUUUAUAGAUUGUGGAAGAUAUACUCUUAAAUGUUUAUUUUGAAAUACGGUAGAACUAUUUUGCAGUGUUUUCCCAUCUCUCUGUACACCAAUACAACUGUCUGCUGUGGACCAGAUAAAGAUCUUUCUGUAACUUAGAACUACUGUGUUUUUCCCACCCUAACUUACGCGUACUGUUUUGAGUACCUUUGGGCUUAUGCCUACUCAAGGAGGAGGAAAGGACAUGGAUAAGGUGUGAUAGCUGGUGAAAUUUCUAAGCGUAGCAUGGUUGUCUGCUUUGAUCUGGAAUGCCCAGCAGGACACAUGUUCUUUCUGUGUUUACCUUCAUACUUGGAAUGUUAAUGUGUUCUAUAUUUAACAAAACACUAAAAUGUUUGAGGAGGAACACUUCAUUGCAGAUUGAAAUGUGAAGUGUGAAAUGCUGGUUUCUUUAAGUUACUUUUUACUAGGGCUUAGAUAAUGUAUGCUCAGGCUUAAGCUAUAUUUCUGUUGGCUUUGUAUAUUUUGUUAAUGGAUGCACGGUAUAAUUUAUAAUAUAUUCUAUAGUGCA